AUGGCAAGCUGGAAAGUCGCCGAACUAGUUUGGUACUAUGUGUGGAAAGCUGAGAGCCUUAUGCGGUUACUGAUAUUUUCACUGCUUUCAAUAAUUGGCAUCGUACUAUCCAUCGAGCUCAAUAUCGACAAUGAGACGGAGUUCUGGAACGACAUAUUGAACUACGCUGAUAGUGUUGGUGUUCGCCGGUCCGUACUUUCCACUCUCCUGCAAUCUUCUGCAUCUGACAACACCAGCCAACUCUAUGAGCUCCCGAAAUCAAGGGCUUCACCACCUUUGCACGAGGAACACCAUAAAAGUCAUGGUGUCAAGGUGGCAUCGUUCAAGUUCGAUUAUGUGAAAGAGCCUCUCGUGCUCACAGUUUUUAUAAUCGUGAUUGGAUUCUUCAAAUUGUUGUAUCAUCACACCCGCUACAUCCAGAAGCUCAUCCCUGAAUCGUGCUGCCUCAUUUUGGUUGGGGUUGGUUUGGGACUGAUUUUCAUAGGAGACGACACUCAUGAAUCUGUGAAGUUCUUGGAGUUCAACUCGAAAACGUUUUUCUUUUUCCUUCUGCCGCCUAUCAUUCUGGAAUCAGCGUAUUCAUUACGAGAUCGAGCAUUUCUGGAGAACAUUGGAACCAUUAUUCUUUACGCAGUUGUGGGUACAGUGUUGAAUAUAGUGCUCAUCGGAGCAUGUCUGGUUCUGCUCUCCGAUCUCGGAUGGAUCGGCGGUUUCAUAAUAGACCCUUUGGACUGCUUCGUGUUCGCCUCUUUGAUUGCUGCUGUGGAUCCUGUAGCGGUUCUUGCAAUAUUCCAAGAGGUCGGGGUCAACAAAAUGUUGUACUUCAUGGUGUUCGGAGAGUCCUUAUUGAAUGAUGCGGUCACUGUCGUUUGCUACAAUUUGCUAAACGAUUUCAAAGAGCUGGAUUCUAUCGGGUUUAUAGAUUGCUUCAUGGGUUUGUUGGCCUUCCUCUGCGUAUCUCUAGGAGGGCUGGCGAUAGGGUUAUUCUCUGGGUUUAUGUCUGCUUUUGUCACAAAGUUUACCAAGCAUGUCAGAGUUGUUGAGCCAGUAAUCAUGUUUGGCAUGGCAUACCUGGCAUACAUGGGUAGCGAAUUAUUUCAUUUUUCUGGAAUCAUAGGGAUCAUAGCAUGCGGCUUGUUCCAAACCCACUAUUCUUGUGGGAACAUUAGCAAUAAAUCUUUCAUCAGCGUCACGUACUUCGCCAAAGUAGCCAGUUCAAUCUCAGAAUCUCUAAUAUUUAUCGUGCUGGGUGUAAUGCUAGUCAAUGAACAGGAAUGGUUUUGGAGUGAUUGGCAUCCAUCGUUCUCCUUGUAUUCAGUAGUGCUUUGCAUUGGCGUGCGUUUUCUGGUUGUCUUCUUCCUCACCUACAUCGUCAAUCGGCUAACAGGUGGCGUUCGCCACAUAUCGUUCCAAGAGCAGUUCAUAAUGGCCUACGGCGGACUAAGAGGAGCGGUCUCAUUUUCUCUAGCCUUUAUGAUUAGUGACAGCGUACCGGUGAAGAACACAAUAUUGUCGGCAACCUAUAUGGUCAUUCUGUUCACAGUAUUUUUGCAGGGUGGAACAAUAAAGCCUCUAGUGCAGUAUUUGAAUAUCCGCCUGGCUCGUAAAGAAGUGCAUUUUCGACUAUUCAUGGAAUUCAAUCGAGGAAUGAUAGUGCAUAUGACCCAAGGAAUAGAAGAUCUCUGUGGAUAUAAAGACCGCAGCGUUGCCCAUCAGCUGAGUGUGUUCUCGAAAGCGUAUCUGCGGCCGAUGCUGCAACGAGGCUAUAAAAACGAGCAGAAAGAAAGCAAACUGCUGGAAAUGGAUCGAUUUGAGACGAUGAGGGAACUAAAACAAAGUCCCUCUCAAAGUUCGUUCAAAUGGCAGCAAGCUGUGGAUGAGUUGGCGGAAAGAGGUGAAAUACCUCGCGAUAUGUUGGAAGAGGAGGAAUUUUUCGUAAAGAGGAAGGAGGACAUCGAAAAGGAAACAGAAAAGCUCACAAAGGAUAUUUCGAACAUUCAUCGUCUUCUGCACAAUCCUUUUGAAGAGGUAGGGAGUUGCAGUCAUGAAAUCAGUUGGAGUAACACGUAUUACGCCAACCGUAAUCUAGUGGGGGAAGAAGAACACGAAAAUCAUCGUCAUGCCGAAGUUAGCCAGCUCCAGAUGCUCCAACAUCGUGCACAGGGAAUGAUUGGCACAAAAGAAAAGCGGAAGCGAUCCAUAUUCGGGAAACGACAGCAGCACAAAAAGAGUACGCAUCAGGGGCUCAUCAUGGCAGCCAUGGGUUCUCUUGGUGUACACGCAGUUGAAGCUGGAGUUCGAGAGCCUAGUUCAUCUUUCGAGGAGGGAAUUACUAUGGAGCAUCGAGAUGAUCAUGCCUUAUUCACGAUAAGAGAACAAGCCGAAGUUGGAAUGUAGAUGAUUUUCCAGCUAGUUUUUUUUGAUUAUGUAUUCACUGACAUGGAAGUGCUCCUAUGUAUGUACAGCAAAUUACUUCUUUGUAGCUCAAACUUGUUUUGCCUAUAUCUCCCUUAAAAAGUCCGUACGUUAAAUGAAUGUCUCC